CGUUCGGGGAAGUUGUCGUGUUUCUUUUUUUUACCCUAAUAUUAGCUAGCUAGCCUGUAGCCAGCUAGCUAAUCACCCGAAAACUCCGGGAGAACCAGAAGACUGGUCCCGGAAUUUAAAAGAGGCGCCCAUGACCAUCAACGAGGAACAGCUUUGUUUCUCAUGUAGUUUAUAUUCGUGAAGAAUAUCCAAAUGGAGGUUGUGGAAAGCCCUCUUAACCUCGCCCAUCAGCAGAGCAGGAAGGCAGAACGUUUGCUGGCAGCAGGCAAAUAUGAAGAAGCCAUUUCAUGUCAUGGAAAAGCUGCAGACCUUCUCAAGGAGGCCAUGAAGCUAACACACUGUGAACAGGCUCACCUGUCACUGGAGCUCCAAAGGGACAGCCACAUCAAGCAGCAGCAGCUGAUCGAGGAAAGGUGGAAGCGGGCCAAACGGGAAGGCAGGCCCCGGAGGGCCCCGGUGGCCGUGGCCCCGGAGCUCAGUCCCCCGGCGUCACUGAAGGUCACCGCGGGGCCGAUGCUGGACCGCCGGGCCCCGGGCCCCGCCCCCGAGCGCGAGCGCGAGUACGACACCUGGCUCUACCUGCUGAAGAACAAGGGCGCCCCCGCCCCGGAGCCCUGCCCCGGCAGCAAGGCCCUGAAGGACGACAAGACGCGGCUGGAGGAGCAGGAGACGGCCAUCGCCGACCUCAGGAAGCUGGUGGACUUCCUCCUGGCCGAGAACGAGAAGCUGACCCAGGAGAACCAGCGGCUGAAGAGGGAGAACGUCCGGCUGAAGAGGGAGCAGUACGCCGACGCCGACUUCGUGGAGAAGUCCGAGCUCUGGGUCCUGCCGCAGCCGACCGAGGACCGCAAGGCCAAGGACAUUCCCAUCCCGCAGCUCCCGCCCCUGGAAAUGCCAACUCAGGACAUCUCGCUGGAGGACCUCCCCGCGCUCGAGCUUCCAGAGGACAUCCAGAAGGAGCUGCAGGAGCUCCUGGACAGAGACAAGCCGUAGCCCGCGCUAACGCUAACGAGGGGAAGACCACGGCUCCGGGCAGCGAACAGGCGACCCCGCCGUCGCGGGAACGCACCGCCAUUCUAAAGUGUUCAGGGGCGCCCCCCUGUGGCACUUCCGCAGGGGCAGCUCGAGUGACAGACCUUGGAAGUCAUUUGUUUUUCAUUAUUUUUAUUUCUGUCUCCCUCCAGUGGCUACCGUAGGUACUGCAGCUAUUUUGUGAAAAAUCUUUUUGCCAGAUUUGUGCCUUUGAAUAUUUCUAAGAUAAAAAGGUCCUGAGAAAUAUUUGAAUAAAAAGGGACUGAUGAAAGUUCUCCGGCUUAAUGAAAGGUUCCCAUCUCGAAGCCAUGACUGACUGGCAUUGAUGGUUUCAUCUCUCGAUUCUUAAUUUUUGUUAUUAUUAUGAUGAUUAUUUUUUGUAUUGGCUGGUUUCAACUCAGAUUUCUCAUAAUAGCUAUAUAAACCUGGGGCAGACUAUGUCCUGGGAUAGAGGUGGCCGGUUGAACGAUGUGCCACUUCAGAGAGAACUGAGUGAAGGUUUAGCAGUGGAAACCGUUCCCUCCAGACAGACAGCUGAGCUGCUCUGGGUGAGGGCCAUAACAAGAAACACUGUGAUCUACAUCAAUAAUCUGUCAGACAUUGUACUGUGUAGUGUCUGCUGCACUUGCGACCUAGCGCUCCUAUCUGGGUCUAACGCUCUGCCGUGCGCUAGCGCGGACGCGUGCGUGAGUGUCGGGUGUGAGUGCCGAACAAACAGUCGAUAACACCUCCCUUAUUGUGUCCCGUCAUUUCCAAGCGAGACAGCCGGCGAAGGAGACUGAAGUAGACUUGACCUCGUUGGACUGACCGUCUCGAGAUGACGCCCGCGUCGGCGUCAAUAGCCUGGGGGCGUCGCGGGUUUUCGGAAAAGGAACCCCUUCGCGCCCCCUAUUCUGCGUUUGCCAGUGAUGUCAUUUUGAUAGAUUUGGUGUUCCGUGGGGGAAGUGUGGUGAAAGAGCGUGUGUUUUCCACCUCACGGAAGUGUCCUACUGCCUGAGCUGCAGGAGCAGUGGCGGCCUUUCAGCUGGGCUGCAGCAGAGGCCUCGGCUCGGACAGAGCACCGCCAUUUUCUCCCAGCUCCCGAGACAGGAAGAAGACUCGGGCUGCUGCUCAAACCACUCGAGAGCUUUCGCUAACAAAAGCCUGGCUGAAAUACGCAGUUCAUGAAGCCUCUUUUUCCUCCUCUCAUUUUCAUUCAAGUUUGGUCCUGUGUGUGUGGUACCUCAUUUUAUUAUCAUCAUUUUUUUUUUAUUUGUCUUUUGAGUCAGUUAAUUUGUACUGUAAUCAGUCAGUUGUUGGACACAAAAGUGAAUGUUUAAAACACACAAAAAAAAAAAAGAUUUUCAGGUAACUGUUAUGAAUAUGCAGAAUGAAAAAAAAAAAAAAAAAAAGUACAAAUAUACCAUAUACUGUAUGUAUGAGUAUGUGUGUACAUGUAUGUGUGUUUAUAUUUUUUAUAUAUAUGUGUAUAUAUGUGUGCAUGUAUAUAUACGGUAUAUACUUAUGUAUAUAUAUGUGUGCACAUAUAUCAGGGUUUGUAGCGCAUUUUCAGCACUAACCUGAACUGAAAUAAUCAACUCGUGCCAGAAGCAGCAGAAACGGAGAGCUCCUAUUGUGAUGCAGCUCGGGAGCUAAUGAAAAGAGUGGGUCAUAUUGGUCUCAUAAAGAGGGAACCAAAUUAGCUAUGUUAAGUAUGUAUAAUUUAAUUAUCGGUUUACAAACUUGUAAUCAGGGUGCAUCAGAUUUUUGUUUUGUUUUGUAUUACUGCUUGAUGUAAAUCUUAAAAACCUAUGUGCUACCAACUCACAACAAUGAACAUGUAACAUUGUUUUGGUGAUGCAUGAAUGAUGAUGCUAGUUGUAAGUAUAUGAUCUUUGAAAUGUGUAUAUAAAAAGAUGAAACCCGUUUAUUCUA